AGUACAAUCUGCUAAAAACGUCAGUCAAGUAAAGUAAAAAAUCAAAGAAAGUUCUGUGUGAAAAUCAGACAAAAAACUCACUUGUGAAAUAGAAAAAUUAUACAUAAAUUUAAAUCAAAUCGAUUUAAACAUUAAAUUUUAUUGUAUUAUAAAUAAAUAAAUAAAUAAAAAAAAAACAAAACAAAUAUGGUUCGACGAGGACGUUCUGCUAGCCCACCACCAGCUCAAAGGAGGAUGGCUCCAUCUUCGGCAAAUGUACCAGCACGUGCCGCCCCUCCACCACCACCACCAGCCCCCGUGGCUGCAGCUCCCUCUGCUUUAGGUUCGCCUGCACCCCAACAACCUUCAAUGUUCCAACAAAUGGCUGCAACGGCCGGAGGUGUUGCUGUUGGUUCCGCAGUCGGUCAUGUUGUUGGAGCUGGAAUCACUGGCAUGUUUAGCGGCGGUGGCGACAAGGAAGCAGCCGCUGCUCCAGCACCUGCCGCUGCAGCGCCAGUUCAACAGUAUGCCAGUCAGCCAAAUCAACCACAAGGAGCUUGCGCUUGGGAAAUUAAGCAAUUCUUGCAAUGUGCUCAAGGACAAAGCGAUUUGUCUUUGUGCGAGGGUUUCAAUGAGGCUUUGAGACAGUGCAAGAUGCAAAAUCAGAUGAUCUAAAGACUACUCCAGAUAAAACCAAACUAUUUUAACCACCUUCCGUUACGAAUAUUCUAGAAACUAGAUAAAAAAAAAUAUCGCAAAUAAUUCCUAAUGUAUCUAUAUAAAAUUUCUGUUAUAAUUAAUUUAAAUUAAAAAAAAAAUAUAGAUGCAAAAGGGGCCAGCUGAUUGGAAAAUGCGAUGCGCACUCCCUGAUUUUGAGACACUCUGACACGUCACACUAAGAUAGAAAUAACAUCCGGCAACGAUCGAAUGAUGAUCAGAUCAUGGUCGAGAAUUUUCCUUUGGCGCUCGGCCAAGAAAAAGCAAAGAAAGAAAAAUGGCCAAUCAGCUGGUCCAAAACUAAAAAAAAAAAAAAUAAGAGGCUAUGUAUUUAUUUAUUUAUUUUUAUGAAAAAGUUUAACUUUGAAAAUUGAAGUUUUUUGUUUCAAUAAAUAAAAUGAAUCCUUGAGAUGUGGGAUUCUUCAAGAGGAGAGUUGAAAAA